AUGGCACCUCUAGGAGAACAGCUGGUUGACCAGCUCAGGGGCACAGUCGACAAGCUCGAGGCGCGUGUCGCCGAGCUCGAGGCACGCCUCCACGGCAAGGCCCAGACAUCGACCUCGUCUUCGGCUAGCGACGAGAGCAUGAGAAUCAUUCUCAUGGGCCCUCCCGGUGCCGGCAAGGGUACCCAGGCCCCCAAGAUCAAGGAAAAGUACUGCGUCUGCCACUUGGCUACCGGUGAUAUGCUCCGCGCUCAGGUCGCCAAGAAGACCGAGUUGGGCAGACAAGCCAAGAAGAUCAUGGACCAGGGCGGUCUCGUCAGCGACGAGAUCAUGAUUGGCAUGAUCAAGAGCGAGCUCGAGAACAACCCCGAGUGCAAGACCGGCUUCAUCCUCGACGGCUUCCCUCGUACCGUUGCCCAGGCCGAGCGCCUCGACGACAUGCUCAAGGCACGCCAGCAGUCGCUCAAGCACGCCGUUGAGCUUCGCAUCGACGACGAGCUCCUCGUUUCCCGUAUCACCGGCCGUCUCGUUCACCCCGCAUCCGGCCGCUCAUACCACAAAAUCUUCAACCCUCCCCAGAAGACCAUGACCGACGACAUCACUGGCGAGCCCCUCGUCCAGCGUGCCGACGACAACGAGGCCACCCUCAAGAAGCGCCUGGCUACCUACCACGACCAGACCAGCCCCGUCAUCUCUUACUACCAGAAGACCAACAUCUGGAGAGGCAUCGACGCCAGCCAAGAGCCCGGCGCUGUGUGGAAGAACAUCUUGGGAGUCUUCGAGAAGGGCGGCAACGGCAACAUCCCCGCUCAGGGCAGCCUUCUCCAGAAGAUUGGCCUCUCCAAGUAA